UUUUCGGCAAUCCUACGGCAAUUGCGUUUCUGAAAAUUCCCCACCCCCCCCAAAAAAAAGGGGUUUUCUCAAAAACCGUUUUUUAAUGAAUCCACAAAACUCAGAGUCACAGCAGACGAAUCUUCCCAACGGGCCACCUUCAGAGGCAUCAGGAUCUUUCUUCUCAUGGCAAGACCGGAUUUCCAAACUUGCAACCUCAGCAUGGGAAACAUACAGAAGCAAGACAAUCUCGUAUUGGAUCCUAUUAUUUCUAAGCAGCAGCGCAAUGCUUGUGGCAUUUCCUGCUUCAAGCCUUCUAUCUCGUCUUUAUUUUGCCAAUGGAGGCAAGAGCAAGUGGAUCAUUUCAUGGGUGGCAGUUGCAGGAUGGCCCAUAACUGCAAUAUUCUUAAUUCCUCUGUAUUUCAUCCGUAAAAUCACGCCUACACCUUUCACUCUCAAACUGACCAUCUCUUACAUGGGGCUGGGCUUCCUUAGUGCUGCUGAUAACCUUAUGUAUGCAUGGGCCUACGCUUAUCUUCCCGCAUCGACUGCUUCUUUGCUUGCAUCGUCCUCUCUCAUUUUUUCUGCGCUGUUCGGAUACUUCAUCGUAAAAAACAAACUGACGCCCUCUACUCUAAAUGCCAUUGUCAUCAUCACUGCUGCUGUAGUAAUUAUAGCCUUAGAUUCAAAUUCGGAUCGGUUUAGUGGCAUCAGUAACAAGCAAUACGCAUUGGGUUUUUUCUGGGACAUUUUAGGAUCGGCUCUACAUGGGCUGAUAUUCGCGCUUUCAGAGCUAGUUUUCGUCAAGCUGUUGGGCAGAAGAUCCUUCCAUGUUGUAUUGGAGCAGCAGGUCAUGGUUUCAUUAUUUGCUUUUGUAUUCACCACGAUCGGAGUUCUUGUGAAUCGGGACUUUCAGGCGAUGAAAACAGAAGCGGGCCGUUUCAAGCACGGGGAAAUCUCAUACUACAUGGUUCUAAUCAUGGGUGCUGUAACUUUUCAGCUGGGAGUUUUAGGAAGCACUGCUGUUCUUUUUCUGACUUCGACUGUGCUUGCUGGCGUUCUUAAUGCAGUCAGAGUACCUCUUACUAGUGUUGCGGCGGUCGUUCUUUUCCACGACGCCAUGAGCGGUUUGAAGAUCCUGUCAUUGAUCAUUACUGUUUGGGGUUUUGGGUCUUACAUAUUCGGCAAUUCCGGUAUUAUUUCUGGAAGGCUAGGAUGCGAGCAUGAUUCGCAUGAGAUUGAAGGUCUGCUUCGAGGCACGUGCAAAUGUGCGUGACAUCUGGGUCAUUCUCCAAGUGGGCCCCACCAUCAACAUGCCCUGCACCAAUAUUAGUCUGGUUCAUUCAUAAAAUGGUCCAAGUUGCAUGCAGAAUAAGGAGUAUUCGUCACUCUUUCUUACUGUCCAGUGUUUCUCAUCCAUAAUGCUGGCCUGAUUUUUGGCCAAUGUUCCCAGUGGGUCCCACCAGAUUGAUGGUAAGGAUUCUUGUGCCACAAUGAAAACAUUCAAUCUCACAUAAGCCAUUUUUGUUAGCUGCGUGGUUCACCUUGAAAUCUUGCUGAGUCAAGUUGACACAUUCGAGUUUGAGUUGACUCAGCUCAAAAUCUUACCGAGUCGACUCAGUCAAGUUUGAGUUGAGACGCUGUGUUUUAGAACUAUGAUUUUGCAGGACUCUUGCUACAUGAUAUGUGGCUAGUAGUCGAACCCAAUCACCUGAUGGGCUCCAAUGUAAACAGGCCAUGUUGCGACGGUCGCAUGAAUUUAAGCAAAUACAAUCGGUGGUG